AAGAGAAUAUAAUAGUACUUUUCUCAAAGCUCCGGAGUCAUGUUCUCAGUAUCUCACUGAACAACUUUUCAGACAAAUUUCUCCGCAGUUUUCUUCGACAUUCCGGAGUUUUUUAUCAUGUCCCAAACCAACUGGGAAGCCGAUAAAAUGUUGGAUGUGUACAUACAUGAUUAUUUUCUGAAGAGGAAAUUACAUGCUUCUGCAAAGGCCUUUCAAGCGGAAGCUAAAGUAUCCACUGAACCUGUAGCCAUCGAUGCACCUGGUGGCUUUCUCUUUGAAUGGUGGUCUGUUUUUUGGGAUAUAUUUAUAGCUAGGACAAAUGAGAAACACUCGGAGGCUGCUGCAUCUUACAUUGAGACUCAAUUAAUCAAGGCACGGGAACUGCAGCAGCAGCAGCAACAACAACAACAACAGCAGCAGCAGCAGCAUCAGAAACCUCAGCAACAGCAGCAGCAGCAGAUGCAAAUGCAGCAGCUUUUAUUGCAGAGGCAUGUUCAGCAACAACAACAGCAGCAGCAACAGCGGAGAGAUGGGACCCAGAUUCUAAAUGGCUCUGGCAAUGGGCUUGUUAGCAAUGAUGCUCUUAUGAGGCAGAACCCUGCAACUGCAAAUACCUUGGCAACAAAGAUGUAUGAGGAAAGAUUAAAGCUUCCACUUCAGAGGGAUCCCUUGGACGAUGCAGCUAUGAAGGUGCAGAGGUUUGGUGACAAUAUGGGCCAGCUUCUUGAUCCAAACCAUGCCUCACUGUUGAAAUCAGCUGCAGUCAGUGGCCAACCAGGGCAGACACUGCAUGGUGCACCUGGAGGCAUUUCUGGGAAUCUUCAGCAAGUUCAAAGUCGGAAUCAACAACUUCAAGUUUCCUCGGACAUAAAGAGUGAGAUGAAUCCAAUGAUGAAUCCCAGGGCUGCUGGUCCAGAAGGAUCAUUGAUUGGAGUUCAUGGAUCAAAUCAAGGUGGUAACAAUCUAACUCUGAAAGGAUGGCCACUAACCGGACUGGACCAGCUUCGAUCUGGGAUUCUUCAGCAGCACAAGUCUUUGAUACAGCCUUCUCAGCCCUUUCAUCAACUUCAACUACAGCAACAACUUCUUCUUCAAGCACAGCAAAACUUGGCAUCCCCAUCUGCCAGUGAUUUGGAAUGCAGAAAAUUGAGAAUGCUUCUUAAUAGUCGGAAUUCACUUGGGAAGGAUGGCCAAUUAAAUACUGUUGGUGAUGUAGUUGCAAAUGUUGGAUCACCAAUGCAAGUCGGUUGCCCUGUUUUGCCUCGUGGAGACACAGAUAUGCUGAUCAAGUUACAGCAGCAACAACUGCAAAACAGCAAUCAACAGCAGCAACAAUAUCUGCAGCAUCCACUUUCUAGUCAGCAGUCUCAGAGUUCAAAUCAUCACCUCCUCCAUCAGCAAGAUAAAAUGAUUGGUUCUGGAAGCAUUGGGUUGGAUGGUAGCAUGUCAAAUACGUUCCGAGGAAAUGAUCAGACUUCAAAAGGUCAAAUUGGGCGAAAGAGAAAGCAGCCAGUGUCAUCUUCAGGUCCUGCCAAUAGCUCAGGAACUGGAAACACAGCUGGACCAUCCCCAAGUUCAGCACCAUCAACACCUUCAACUCACACACCAGGAGAUGUAAUCUCAAUGCCAACUUUGUCGCAUAAUGGUGGUUCCUCUAAGUCUUUACUUAUGUAUGGAUCUGAUGGUAUGGGCACACAUACCUCAGCACCAAAUCAACUGGCUGAUGUGGAUCGAUUUGUUGAUGAUGGAUCUCUUGAUGAUAAUGUUGAGUCAUUUUUAGCUCAUGAUGAUGGAGACCCUAGAGAUACGGUUGGUCGAAGUGUGGAUGGCAGCAAAGGUUUUUCAUUUUCGGAAGUCCGGUGUAUUACUGCAAGUACAAGUAAAGUUGAAUGUUGUCACUUCUCUUCAGAUGGAAAACUGCUUGCCACUGGUGGGCAGGAUAAAAAGGCUGUAUUAUGGUGCACAGAGUCUUUUACGGCUAAGUCUAGACUUGAAGAACAUUCUCAAAUGAUUACGGAUAUCCGUUUCAGUCCAAGCAUGCCGCGACUUGCAACAUCUUCAGCUGACAAAACUGUCAGGGUUUGGGAUGUUGAUAAACCAGUCUACUCACUACGUACUUUUACUGGACAUUCCACCAAUGUUACAUCGCUAGACUUCCACCCUAAUAAAGAUGACCUUAUCUGCUCUUGUGAUGGUAAUGGUGAGAUACGAUAUUGGAGUAUCACCAAUGGUAGUUGUACUAGGGUCUUCAAGGGUGGAAUGAACCAUAUGAGGUUUCAACCUCGCCAUGGAAGGUAUCUGGCUGCUGCUGCAGAGUGUGUGGUUUCCAUACUUGAUGUGGAAACCCAGGCCUGCAGACAAAAAUUACAGGGCCAUAAAAACCAUGUUUCUGUGUGUUGGGAUUCUUCUGGCGGCUAUCUGGCAACUGUCAGUGAGGAGUUGGUUAAAGUUUGGACAGUUGGUUCUGGGGGCAAAGCAGCGGAAUGCAUUCAUGAGUUGCACUAUAGUGGCAACAAAUUCAAUUCCUGUGCUUUCCAUCCCACUUAUACCUCUUUGUUGGUCAUUGGCUGUUUCCAGUCUCUGGAGCUUUGGAACGUGGCAGAGAACAAGACAAUGACACUACCAGCGCACGACAAACUAAUUUCUUCAUUAGCAGUAUCGAACGUCACUGGUUUAGUAGCUUCAGCUAGUCAUGACAACUGUGUCAAGUUGUGGAAGUGACUUUUGACUCGAUUUUCUUUUCCAUUUCUCCUUGACAUAGCUUGAGGCAGGUAUAGCUUCUCCAACCCUAUGUAUCCUGGAACGAGCAUUUUGCAGAGUUUUUAACAUUUGGUUUUGUAGGGUUUGUUUAUAUUGCUUGUCAGGGAAAAGGGUUUCUAGAUUUUGUUCAUUAUGGUUUUGGUUUUUUAGCCGGAACCCAUCCCAAGUUCACCCUUUGUAGAGGAAGCGCCAACUUUGUUGAAUUGCUCAGCCAGUGGGCUCAUAGACUGCUUGUACAAUGUAUAUUAAAUUGCCAAUUUAACUGGAUCAGUCUCUGUUACAUGGAAGUUGAGAAAUGUAUCUUGUUUCCCAUGGCUCUAUAUGAUUACCAA